AUGCCUUCCAAUAGCAGCAGAAAAACAGACCGUAAAGGAAAAGGAAAAGCAUCUGCAAGUAUAUCUACCUCUGCAAACCGUGUUUUGGCUGGCCAUGUUGGACCUCGAGAAAUUGCCCCUAGUUUCUUAUCUGCAACUAUCCAAGAUCAUAUCAACGGUGUCAAGGAUGACAUUGCUGCUGUCAAUAGCAACAUGACAGCCUUUAAAAACAGGAUGGACGUUAUUGUUGACACAUCUGGAAAGACACAUAUGGCAUUUGCAGACUUUGCAACUGCCUAUGCCAACGAUCAGACUCGUAUGGCUAGUCUAGGAUCAUCUCUGAUGCCAUCCUAUGUCCUCCAGACCUCCCUCAGUGAUGCCAAGGUUUCUGUCAUUAUCUUGGAAAUCUUCACGGAAAAGUUGUGGGACUGGAAGUUUGAGUCUGACAACCCUGCUCUUGUUGCUGAGAGCAAGAGUAAGAAGAAGUGGAACUUGAAUGAGAAGAUUAACCACUGCAAUAACGUAGCUGUUAUCAACUACUUGAAGAGCUACAUUAGCGCCCAGACUCGUCUAGCUGGUACUCACCCAUGGGUGAUAAGUGAUAAAAUAAAGAACAGAUACAAGCACAGUCAUUGUACUUUUCACGAGUCUCCUGAGCAGAAGGCCAAGAAAAACAGCAAGGGAAGAGCAAACAGUUGUACUCUUCAGUAUAUUACUAUUUUCUCAAGCUACAAUCUAUAUAACAAGAUGUCUAUCCAAUACAAGUUGACAUACAUGGACAACUGGGUAGCCAUUGAUGCUGCAAUGGGAUAUAAGACUGGAAACCCUGUUGAGAAGGCCUAUCUCAAAAUCUUUCAGAAGGAUGCCAUGUCUGAUGGUGAGUCAGAUAUUGAGAUUGUGGACAAUCUUCUAUGA